AUGGCGAACCAUGGCGAUCCUUGUAUGACGGUCAAUUUCCGCGGGCUUUUCCGACUCGAUGAAGAGGUGUCUGGACAGUCCUGGAGCGCCCUCCACCCCCACUGGUUUCGGGCUCCUAUCUAUCUACCGAUGAUUCACGGUUGGUAUAGGGAAGUGUUUGUGCACUUUGGGCAGGAGCCAGCCUCAUUUGGCAGAGCUCGUUGUGUGUGGCUUACGGGAGAGGUUUACGCCAGAACUGAACUCCGUGAUACGAUGAUUAGAGUCAGAGCGGGUUUUGCUGUCGUGCAAGACGACUACGUCUCUCAAUUACCUGCUCCGCUCCCUAUCAUUACGGCGCAUAGCAGAGGCUACGUACUGCGCUUUGACCGGCGAAAUUUCGACCGCUGGAUUAUUGUGGCCUUGCAUAACAUUUCAGACAAUAGUUCAGCCCAGGUUAUUCACUUCAAUGUAUUUUACGAAGCCUCAAAUGAGGUUGUAGCUGCAAUCGGCGAAGAGGUGUUCAAGCUGGGCAAUAUUGUGAAUUUUCACGGUGAGGUCAUGCACUAUUUCCGUCGAAGUGGGAAAUGGGUUGUCAAGCUACGCGCAGCACACUCGGAAUCGAUGGUUAGACCGACGGGAAUGAUGCAAAGAAGACGAGCCUUGGCAUUGUAUUAA